AUGAGGAAAAAAAACCAAUCCUAUGGGGGUUUUAUGAAUAAGAGCUGCAAAAAAGUAAAGUAUCCAGAUGUCUACCUAGUGGAAAAAGUGUUGAAAAGAAAAGGUGAUAAAGUUCUAGUGAAAUGCUUGUCUCAAGCCCGUCGGCCGUCUCAACUGGACCCUCACAUAACAAGAAGUGUGCUGGCUCGCGCCCUCGACGUCUGGGAGCAGGCUUCAAGGCUCACCUUCACAGAAGUCAACUCAGACGACGCUGAUAUUGUCGUAUCAUUUGCCAAACGUUACCAUGACGACGCCUAUCCAUUCGACGGGAGGGGCUCGAUUCUUGCGCACGCGUUUUUCCCGGGCACAGGUCGUGGAGGUGACGCUCACUUUGAUGACGAUGAACUGUGGCUACUGCAACCCAAAAACGACGACGAAGAAGGAACAUCGUUGUUCGCGGUCGCGGCUCAUGAAUUUGGUCAUUCCUUGGGCCUCAGUCACAGUUCUGUAAAAGGAGCUUUGAUGUUCCCGUGGUAUCAAGGUAUCCAGCCUAACUUCGCAUUACCUGAAGAUGAUCGCAAUGGCAUACAGCAAAUGUAUGGUCCUAAAGUAAAACGGACUUGGGCGAAGAUUCCUUACUACCGACCGGUCGAGACGCCACCACCCACAACCACUACAACAACUACCACCACCACUACAACUAGACGGCCAUACAUUUACCAUCAUCACCCUGAACGGCACCCGAACCACCGCUACACUCCCCAAUACCCUCGACCUCCGAGUAAACCAUAUUACCCAGACAGAAACCCGUACCCGGAUCGACCACAUUACCCAGAAAAAUCCAACCCGUAUCCGGAACGGCCGUUCUACCCAGAUCGGAGGCAUUAUAAUAGCAGCGAAGACCAUCCUCGAAGGACCCACAAUCAUUAUCCUCGUACCGAAUCAACCACGCACCCUACCACCUACCGUCCUAAAUACCCUCAUGUGAGACCUGAAUAUCCCACGAAUCCACGCCAAAAUUACCCAACAGAUGCGGACUAUCCUAAAAAGAAGCCGGUCUAUCCAAAAACCACAACACCAAAGCCGUCGGACAAGCCUGACACGUGCGAUACGAGUUACGAUGCUGUUAGUUUGAUACGAGGGGAACUUUUCAUAUUUAAGAACAGAUACCACUGGAGAAUUGGUGCUAAUGGGCGGUACCCAGGAUAUCCUUUAGAAAUAUCAAGAAUGUGGUCACUUCUACCAAAUAACCUAUCCCAUGUGGACGCUGUUUAUGAAAGGCCGGAUAGAAAGAUUGCUAUUUUUGUUGGAAGAGAAUUAUACCUGUUCGAUUCACAAUAUCUGGUGCCGGGUUAUCCUAAGAAGUUAGUUGAACUGGGCUUACCGGACAGUCUUAAUAAAUUAGACGCUGCGAUGGUUUGGGGACACAACGGAAAGACGUACUUCUACAGUGGCACUAUGUAUUGGAAGUUUGAUGAAGAAAUUGGUCGUGUUGAAUUAGAUUAUCCAAGAGAUAUGUCGAUGUGGAAAGGCGUAGGCUACAAUGUUGACAGCGUAUUUCAAUGGAAAGAUGGUAAAACCUACUUCUUCAAAGGCAAAGGUUUUUGGAAAUUCAAUGACCUCCAAAUGCGCGUCGAGCAUGAAAAGCAAUAUUCUUCAGCUCAAUACUGGAUGGCGUGUCCAGGUGAAAGAGCAGGUCGUCGAGCUCCAUUCCGUGCUCCCCCCGCUCCGGGAUCCACGCUGAGAUCACCAAGUUCCGCCCCAUUUAUUACUUCAAAUCUUUCUCUUUGUCUAUUUUCUCUAGUAGCAUCUCUUUUAGUAAAGAACUUUGUAAAAUAUUUAUAA